UGGACGACCAUUCUUCUCGGUGCGCAAUUUUGGCAGGUGUCUCGCCAAAUGACAUCUCUCGAAGUCAGUAACUUAGGACGCUACGGAUUUAUGGGUGGACGUGGUGUCAUUGGGGUUGGUCAGAUGGGGGCGCAGCAGAAUUCGAACUCUCCUCAUGACCACGGUGAUUCCCCGAUUUCCGCUUCGGCAUCUUUAGAACCUGUACUUGGCCGUCAUUCACACUCCCCUAACCGCCCACAGAGCCUACGCGGCUCAGGCGGACUCCUCACUCUCCCCUGUCGUAUCUGUUCAAUAUGUGGUUCUUGCCCUGGAGCGUCAUUCCUCCUUCGUAUCACUGGCCUGGAUCGGUUCACUGCGCGCGGCGGUGCGGCUCGGGGAUUAGCUGCGGCAGGAGCUCCGCAGAACCCGUUCGACCUUGGACUGUAUCUGAAUUGUAUGGACUUUUGGGGAAUGGGCAAGGAGGUGGGAGUUCGUUGGGAGACGUGUUAUGAUAUUCCUGAAGGAGGGUUUAAAAAGGCUAGGGAGGAAAGGCUACUUGAAGAACGGGGACGUGAGGAGAGAAGUGAAUUGGAGCCGGGGAACAGGAAGGGUGGCAGGAGGUUUUGGCCGGGUGUUCGGAGGGUGUUUUCAAUGCGAAUGGGGAGAUCAGCUUCUUAUGAAUAUGAGCCGUUGGCGCAGGUGUAGGGUAGGUUGCGGCCACGGACUGAUACGAGCGAUUGAAUGAUCAUAAUGAUUUGUUGUAUCUAAUGUGUACAAUGAAACUGAUGCAAAUCAUACAUAACCUGGAAAUCCCGCAAAGGCCUGAACUUGUUAUGUCGAGAUCAUAGUCAUAGUUCUAUUGGACUAGC